AUGUAUAAAAGUUUAAUUAACUCUAACUUCAACCGAACAUACAACCCAAGCGGAGAACAAAAUGCGUUGUGCGAUAUAAAAAGGCUUUUGACGUCACGGGAUACUGCUGCUCAGUCAAAAGCGUGUACUUAUUUAAUAGAUGUGAUUAGCCGUUAUGAAAAAGAUUCGGAGGAACGAAAUCGUUUAGCCCAAUAUUUGCUUGAUAACGAUAUUAUAGUAUUCUUAGGUGAAGUUACGUGUAAUUUGGAUUUCAAUUUAUUUAGGUUAGUGCUACGUUGUAUACGCCUUGUGUGGUGUACUCCUCGAUUCUUCGCGGAGGAACACGCUUCACAUUCUCUAUCAGCCGUAGUACGUGCUAUAAACCACUUCAUUGCAAUCAAUCCCUGCGCUCUGGACGUGUGCCUCCACUUUAUUUGUGAUCUGCUUAGCGGGAUAAGUACAAAUAAGACCACGUCUCCGCUUUCACACCAAAGCGCUUACAGCACUGAACAACUCCUAGCUUCUUUCACAAACAUUGCUACCCGUAUAAACACAAUAUCUAACUCGAAAAGCAUUUUAUCCAGCGCUUUGGUACUGCAGGAGUUGAUCUCGUAUCAACCAGAAGGUUUAAUUGUAACGAGUUGUGUCGCACAGAGCUUGGUAGAUGUUAUAAAAAAAUGGCUGGAAUUGUUAAUGAUGGGGCUGAAUCAUAAAGGUCUGACUGCGGAAGGGGAUGAGAUUGGAAUGCUACUUAUUGUUACCUGUCAGAUUAUUAUGGAUUCUUUGGGCCUUAUAAAAAUAUUCGAGCAAGCACGACCUCCAGCAGAUUUCGUUAACAAAAUCCUAGCUGACAACAAAGAGGUUGAUAGCUUGAGAGAAUGCGCUAAUGCUAUGAGAAAAUACAUACACCAAGUGCUAACUGAAAUGGUUGGGUUUGUAAAGGACAACUUGGAAACGAUCGGAACGGUGGAGUACAGCGGUUUUGUAAAAUUGGUUCUCAAUUUUUAUUACGAAGCAAGUACGGAGGUACUUUUAGAGUUCAGCGAGGUACUGCUUUCAAAUGGAUACUUGGCAAUUCUGCCGAAAGCUCAACUUGAACGAAGAGACGCGUCACUACGUAAAGUAAGCACAUUAGUCUUAGGAGAAAUGUUGAAAAUUCUAUCGGAGAAAUAUUUACUAGUGGAAAAUUCCGGUUGUAAAGAAAUAAGCGCUAAAGAUGUUCAUAUGGGUCUGAUGGAACUUCAGAACGGCGUGGAGAGUCCUCAGAAUAUCGGAAUGCAGUUGCAGAAGAAUCAACCCUAUAGCAUAUUGAUUUAUAUUUACUUCUACUGCCAGGCCACAGACAACCCGGAAGAAGUGACGUCACACUUAUUGCCGCAUCUAGUACAACAUAUUCUGUGUCUGCCAAUACAAUUAAAGCCGCCAUCUUAUAUAAUAAAGGCUUUAUGGCUGGUGUUCGCGAUGUCAACUAUAUCGAACGGUUCCCUGGACUCGUUAGAUGAAAGGGUAUACUUGGAGAAGGCGUCUGAUCGCCUCGUCUCCAUGCUUCAACCGGAACCAGCUGUAUACUACACGCACAAUCCAGCUAUUUUGUUCUGGGCGUUCACCUCUUCGAGAAUACCCAAUUCUAUGAGAUUGUUAGUGCUAUCACAAUGGUUCAAAACGGAGACCGUCUUACCUGAAGGCUUCACCAACGAACCACUAGUAUGGGAACUACUUCUAGAUGUGGUGAUGCAGGUCAAAGAUGCAGACGUAGUAUCGAAUUGUAUGAAAGGUCUAUCAUCUUGCAUGGAAGAUGGAGGUGAUGAUGUUAAAAGGAACUUCGGUGAUCGCGUUUGGUUAUUGUUGCCUAAGAUCUUAUCUAGGAGCCUUGUUGAUUCUGAAAUUGGAAUCGACAUCAACGUGUGUCACAUACUAGAUGUUGCCAUAUCGUUGCCACCAGUCGAUUUCGAUAAGGACACUUGUGAUAAAACUGCAUUUCUCCUAACCACCUUGUACUCUAAGAACACAGACGAUUUCACAAACUUUGAAGCCAAAUACCAUUAUCAAUACGUUUGUUUGAGCUUAAGCUUAAUGCUUCUGCAAUUUUCUUGCGACAGACAUGACUCCAAAGUGUUACUAAUAUUCACGAAUAAACCAAUCUAUUUGGCAAACGUACUUUCAACAAUUGAUAGUAAUGACGAAAACGUCGCCUGCGCAGCGUUGGAUCUUCUAUCGUUUUUGGUUUGCUACUACCACAAGAAUGGCUAUCGACCCAAAUCCCAUCUAGCGAUAAGAACUGACUAUCUAGUUAAAUCUUUACGUAAGGACAACACGAGUGUCAGAACCAAUUCCCUACUACAACUAAUAGAUACAGUGCUAAAAUCUGGUUGCAAUACACCGCUGGUUUUAUCGGACAGUCUGCAGAACGGUCCUGCGCAGGAGCAGCAAUGCAAUGCGCUGAGGGCGUUAAUGUUUCGAAUUCAAAUAUCACUCUGUUCUGGGGAUUCAUCAAAUCGCACGUCAACAGGAUGGCAAACGUUACGCACCAUCUUCGAACACUUAACUAAGCAUAAACGUGAUGCGAAGUUAGUCGCGCUACUGUCGUGCCAACCCUGGUUUCACACCCUCAUAAGGUUUCAAAUAACCCAGGAAAAGGCGACCGAGUUCUUUGACUUUCUAGAACUUUGGUUAAAGCUAUUGAAGGUUACAAUUCAGCUCAAUAGAGGCGAACGUAGAGUUAUCUCGAAGAACGGUAUGAUAGGCCGUACUAUGUUGAUCCUGAAGAAGUCGUUGGUGGAACACCAGGACGCGGCGAUGGUCGUUGAAGAGAUCCUGGACGAAUGUUCUGGGAGAAAAUAA